GGUGAUAACGGCGGGGGCUUGGUUCCAGGAAGAUGGCAGAGAGCGAGCGGCAGACAGGCUCUCCUGAGGAGGCAACGCCUCCCCUCUGCCAGAGUUUCAUGAUCCCCAAAAAGGAAAUACACAUGGUACCCGACAUGGCCAAGUGGAAACGCUCUCAGGCGUAUGCAGACUACAUAGGCUUCAUCCUCACCCUGAAUGAAGGUGUCAAGGGCAAGAAGCUGACCUGUGAAUACAAAGUAUCUGAGCCAAUUGAAAAGCUGAUGGAGCUUCUGGAUACCCUCGACAGGUGGAUUGAUGAGACCCCGCCAGUGAACCAGCCCUCUCGCUUUGGGAAUAAGGCCUUCAGGACUUGGUACGCCAAACUAGACCAGGAAGCAGAAAACUUGGUUAAAACAGUGGUCCCUGAGCAUCUGGCUGAAGCUGCACCAGAGGUAGCCUUAUACCUGAAGGAAUCCGUGGGGAACUCCACCCGCAUCGACUAUGGGACAGGUCACGAAGCGGCAUUUGCUGCCUUCCUCUGUUGCCUGUGCAAAAUUGGUGUUCUCAGGGUGGAUGACCAGCUGGCCAUUGUCUUCAAAGUGUUUAACAGGUACCUGGAGGUGAUGCGGAAACUCCAGAAAACUUACCGGAUGGAACCAGCUGGUAGCCAGGGAGUUUGGGGCCUGGAUGACUUCCAGUUUCUGCCCUUCAUAUGGGGCAGUUCCCAACUGAUAGAACACCCAAACCUGGAACCUCGGCACUUUGUUGACGAGAAGGUGGUGAAUGAAAACCAUAAGGACUACAUGUUCCUGGAGUGCAUCCUGUUCAUUACAGAGAUGAAGACUGGCCCUUUCGCUGAACACUCCAACCAGCUGUGGAACAUCAGCGCUGUACCUUCCUGGUCCAAAGUGAACCAGGGUCUCGUCCGCAUGUACAAGGCAGAGUGCCUGGAGAAGUUUCCUGUGAUCCAGCACUUUAAGUUUGGCAGCCUGCUUCCUAUCCAGCCUGUCACAUCUUAGAGACCGUGGGAGGAGUCGAUGCAGUGGAGACGACAGUGCGGCGCUCUUCCUCCUCCUCCUCCCUUCCUCCUCCUCACCUCUCCAGCCCCACAGCCCAUUCAUCCCUUUGUAUUUACAACUAGAGAAAGUUACAAAGCACUUAGUGACCUUGCAUGAAAGAAGUGGCCAAGAGCAGCUGCUCAUGCAAGUGCUCCCCACACUGACUAGAAAGGGACAAAACCAGUGCUGGGCUUCUAGCCUCCAGUGCGUUCAGUCUUACACUGUUCGUGGCUCGAAGGGCUGCCGUAUACUGAGCUGGGCGUGAGGGUGGCUUGAAUGGGGUUGGGGUAGGGGAUACGUCUAGUAUGGCUUUACAAGAAGACCUCUGCUCUUUAUCCCCCGGAGGUAGGGGGUUGGGAAGGGGAGGAGGAUAUGUAGUGGGGGUGGGGCGGUUACAGUUUCACUGGAAUCUUUUGCUGUCUUGUUUGAGGAACCCAAGGUGUGUAGACCAGGCCUUCGAUUCCAUUAAAAAAAAAAAAAAAAAGCCAUCUCUCGCUGUUAUGGCUGUGAAGAAAACCUUAAAAAGAGGUCCUGGGGUGUGAACGUGCCUGGGUGUCAGGAGGCCCCAGUGUCUCUGCUGCUGCCUUUGCUUGCAAAGGGUGUUUUGCAAGGGGUAGAAGAAGUGGUUGGAAAUCCCUGUGGGUCACAUGAAGCCAGGGUGCUCUCUCUCCCCUAGCCUGCGUAAGAAAAUUUUGUCUUUUUCUCCUCCAACCCCUAUCCCUGCUAAACUUCCUUGAGUCUUCCUUUCACACCACCUUGUCCUCUCCAGGGUACCAGCUGGGAGCCCCACCCCUGCCAGCCUAGGUCCUAGAAUGCUGAGCUGGCUUUGGAGCUGGAGAUGGGCUCAGGGGAAGGCUUUGGACACCAGAUGGUUGCAUUUAUGUGGGAAUGGCUCUACAAAGACACUGUUCUAGCAGAGCCUGAGCCAGUUACUUCCUCCCCUCGGUAGCUAACGGGCACAAACUCCACAUCAGGUACCCGUGCCCUCUCCAUCAGUACUUUGGGCUCAGCUGAGGCUGGGCAUGGCCCCCUUCUCUACACCCACCUUCUCCUGUGCGGUGUUUAGCAGCCACUAGAAUGGGGGCAGCCUUAAUGUCCUCACUGUAAUUUAUCAUGGCUGCUUUUGCUUGAUUAUAAGUUGUAGUGACAGCCCUAUAAUAAAGGGAUUUUUCCCAUUCAGUAGCACAUCCCCACACCCUGUAGACGUUACUGUAGGGAAUGCAGCAUAGGGCAGGUAUAUUGGCUUUAAAUCUGUUAUUUAACUGCUGGAAACAAAAGUCUUUCACCUCCCUCAUUCCCUGCAACAGCUGCCACCCUACCGGGGCAAACUGUACAAUUAUUUUUACCAAAACCCCAUGAAAGCACCAGACAUGCUCUGUGUUUCCCAAGAUGGGCAGGUUGUUUAGAAGGCUUACUCAGCGUGCUUAAUUCAUACAGCGGUUCUAGACUCUCACUUCCAGUGGCUUAGACUUAGGGGCACCUCUGAUUAAAUGAGGGGCUUAGACAUGCCUUUGGUAAUUAGCAGUGCUAGAAAAGGAAUGGCAGAAAACGGAUGGGAUGGAUUUGAGGGUAAAUCUUACAUGUUCGCUUGGGUCUGACAAAGAUUCUUUUUAAGUUCCUAGCUCGAGAGGGCAAGUUUACUCCCGGGGUAUUAAUAAACAUUGGGUUGGAGUGUGGCAGGGGUUAGCACCAACUGUGUGUAGCAGGGGCACUUUUUUGUUUGGCUUUCUUAGCGAGUGCAAUACCAGUUUUUCUCCCGCUGCUGUCAUCUGCAGCCAGCCUGCCUAACCUUUUCCAUCUGAGCCCCUUGAUUGCUAUUAAAUGAUUGGAAAAAGUUUAUUUUGCUCAUGGAAUUGGGUUUUUCACAAUUUUCUCUUUGGCUGCAUCUCCUGGAAUGAGCCUCUUCCUUCUCCAAAGCUUGUGCCCUGCUGCUGGGGGAAGAAGGGAUGAGAAAUGCAUUUAAGUUCAGGUGCAGUAUCUGUUUCUUGGGCUAAAAAGGCAAACCCUGGCCAAGCUGCAGCUGUCCUCUCUAUCCCAGUGCUUGGGCCUGAGCUAGUGCAGCAUGGGACAAUUGCAGAUGAACCGAAUCUGCUGGUUUUGUUUUUUUACAUAGUGGCUUUAUCAACUUACAUUUUAAAUAAAAUGUGAAAAAUCCAUCCCUGUUUUACUCCUAAAUCAUUAACAGGAUAUCUCUGUAGAGUUAAAUUACAAAUAACUCCACUGGAAAAGUGACUUAGGAAGACUUUAACCUGUCAGGACCCCUGAGCAUUCUAUAUUCUGGUGCUGUAGUUAAAAGGAUGCAGUUCAGGGACCAGAGCACAGUGUUCUAGACCGAGGAGGCCUGGUUCUCAUCUUGCCCUUAUUUCCUCAUUGCAUGACCUUCGGCAAGUCCUACCAUGCAGUAAAACAGGUCUAAUAAUAGCUGCCUGGCAGACUGGGCAUGACUUAGGCUGAGAUUUUCAAAGUUGUCUAGGAGAUUUGGACAGCACAUUCCCUUUAAUUUUAAUGGGAAUUAGGCUUCCCAUUCAAACUAAAUGAAAGUCGAGACCUCAAUGUCUGCAGAGCUGUCUCUGAUCCUUGGUGAAAGAUGCAAUGAAAGUAGAGCACCAAAAGGGUACAUUCCUUACAUUGCAUUAGGUUUUAGUGAUGCCACCAACCUUUACUGGGGCCAGCCUGUAACUCUGGAUGGGGGACAUAAGGAGGAGCUAAUAUGGAAUUAUUUAUUUAUGGACCAUCUAAGUCUGCACCCUCAUUCUGUUAAGGAUUUGGAAUCUUAAGCAGCUAGUGUUUGUGUGAAUCCUAUUGGUCCACCUUUAACUUGCCCUCAAUAAUCUGGCAAUAGGCUGCUUCCAUUCCUUGGUCGUUACUGUGAUCCCCGUCAGAUCUCAACUGACGGCCUGUUUGGGUUUUGUCCCUUUCCCUGAGUGUUCCACGUGCAUGCAUCACACUACCUGAAGCACCACCUGGCUUCCCCCAGGUCUGCAAAAGCAAUACCUGAGCAUCCCACCUCCCCAUGUUCUCCGAUAUUGUGGUUUUAAUUAAAAAUCUGUGUGUUUUGCACCU